UGGAUGGAGUAGAGCAACCGGCAUCAUCUUCUUGGGCUUCUUCGAAGCGUUUAGCACUGUCCCGCACGACAUCGUGGUCUCUAAACUGGGGAGAGAUGGAUUUGACGGAUGGACCACUCGAUGGAUAAAGAACUAGCUGGAUAGCCGCACGUAAAUAGUUGCGGUUGUCCACAUGGAGACCAGGGACGAGUGGUGUCCCUCAGGGGUGGUACUGGGGUUGAUAGUAUUAAACAACGUUGUCGGCGACACAGACAAUGGGAUUGAGGCACCCUCAGCAAGUGACAGCGAGCUGUGUGGUGCUGUCACAUGGUGGAGCGACGGGACUAGAGCAUCUCCUCUAUGGAAGAAGAGAAGGUGCUACUGCUGCGAGACGGCGGGGCGAGCAUGGGACCAGCAGACCUGGUGCAGAAGAUCAGUAUCAGCGCCGAGAGCCCUCGCGGGAACGAGAGGAACGGCAGCGGCUCGGCGCUGGCGGGCGUUGACGGGGCCGCCCCCGGCAGAUGGAGACACAAGUGUGCAGCCUAUGUGCUAGCGCUCCGGCCCUGGAGCUUCAGUGCCUCUCUGACCCCUGUGGCGCUGGGCAGCGCGCUGGCGUACCGGGCCGAGGGAGCACUCGACCCGGGGUUGCUGGUGGGAAGCGCCGUGACCGUCCUGGCUGUGCAUGGGGCCGGCAACUUGGUGAAUACCUACUAUGACUUUUCCAAAGGCAUCGAUCACAAGAAGAGUGAUGACAGGACAUUGGUGGACCAGAUUUUGGAGCCGCAGGAUGUAGUACGGUUUGGAGUCUUCCUCUACACUGUGGGCUGUAUCUGUGCUGCUGGGCUCUAUGCUGUCUCCACGCUCAAGCUGGAGCACCUGGCCCUGAUUUACUUCGGAGGACUUUCCAGCUCCUUCCUUUAUACCGGAGGAAUUGGAUUUAAAUACGUUGCGCUUGGUGAUGUGGUGAUCCUGAUCACCUUUGGGCCCCUGGCUGUCAUGUUUGCCCAUGCAGUGCAGGUUGGUUACCUGUCUGUGUCACCCCUGCUCUACGCUGUCCCUCUGGCCCUCAGUACUGAGGCUAUCCUGCACAGCAACAACACACGGGACAUGGAGUCGGACCGGCAGGCGGGAAUUGUCACCUUGGCCAUCCUCAUUGGCCCCACCUUCUCCUAUGUCCUCUACACCGUGCUGCUCUUCUUGCCCUACCUGAUCUUCUGUGUGCUGGCCACACGCUAUACCAUCAGCAUGGCAUUGCCACUGCUCACCAUCCCAAUGGCAUUUUCACUGGAAAGACAGUUCCGGAGUCAGAGCUUCAGCAAAAUUCCUCAGCGGACAGCCAAACUCAAUCUCCUGCUGGGGCUUUUCUAUGUUUUUGGCAUUACAUUGGCACCUGCUGGUGCUCUGCCCAAACUGUGAAAAGAGCUGUAGAGUCAGGCCUCAUUAUUCACUAGUCAUGCCAAUUAACAGUGGAUGUUAUGAGUAAAUGACCCAUUAUGGACAGUGAGAAGAAUAGAAAGACCACCUUGCACUGUUGAUAGUGAAUGUUAUGAUUUCUGGUCUUGGAUAGCUUACACAGCAGACUUCAAAAAAAGUGAUUCAUCAGUUCUUCAGAAAGGGUGAACUGUGUGGCUUUGCUUUGAGGAGCAAGGUGACAUAAGGUCAAGGAAAUGUUUAAAGAACCUCAUCCUUUUGCCACCUAAUUUUUUCACUUUCAGUUCAAUGAAAGAGCCUCAGGUCACACUCUCCAUUCACUUCACAAGCACAAUGAUUGCUCUUAUCACUUCUUUUCUUACCAUGGUGAAGGAGUUCAGUGGCUCCCCUGUGGGAAUCAGAAAACACUGCCAAAUGUUUAGCAUCACAACGUAGAUGCCAUUACUUCACUCUCCUGUAAGCAUAGUUCAUCUUCAUCUGUUGUUUGUUUUAAUUUUUGUUUCGUUUUUCCUAACCAAAUUUUGAGCUUUUAUUUCCAAGCCCCCUGAAAUGCGCUAGAUACUGAUUCAUGAACUAUUGCUUCUGCUUGUUCCAUAUAGUCUGGAAAUUUCAAAGUUAUAAAUCUCUGUUGGUUGUGGUGCUAAAAUGGAGCACGAUUAGACCACUGCACAAACUUUAAGCCAAAACCAGUAAAUCUGUAUUGUGCUACAAAAGCUGAAGCUGUAAAUGCAAACCAUGCAACUGUAAAGCCCUCAAUGGGUAGAAAAACAAAUGGUUUCCAUUUUGGUGUUUGCUUAGAAUUUACUCUCUGAAAUGACAGGUUUUGAGUUAAGGGGGAGCUGACAAAGUGCCAGAUUUCUCUGAAUAGCUAUGGAUUAAUGGAUACAUAGGUGGAAAACAAAUGGAUUAAAAAAAUUUUUUUUUCACUUGUUUUUCUCUGCUAUUUUAGAGACCCACAGCAUUAUACUGAAAUGUCUUAUUCUAAGAAGCCCAGUUCAGCAAAGAAGAAAGAUACAGUGUUAGAAAAAACAAAUCUGAAUUAUUGCAUUGGCUCUGCAUAAAAAGAAGGACUGGAAAUGGGAAGAAACCAAUGUUGUUAACAUGAUUUUUCCUAAUGGAGUCCAGAGUUUGUGUCACUGAAUCACAAUUAAGAGAUCACUGAAGGGAAGUUCCCCACAACUUUUCCCCCCUUUAUACCUUACAGUGUUGCUUUGUUUUCUCCUGCAGAUCUUGCCACUUGCUGUUCACGUGGCCCUUUGGAGAAUUUAUUGUUUCAGCAGUUAUGUAGCUGUGUGAAAAACAUGCUAAACAUAAUGGGGAAAACAUGUGCCUUCCAGUCCAAAGAAGGAUUUGAUCUGUACCAUAUUACUUAGUGGCAACUGAAUUCUCUUCUGUUUUAUUUAGUACCUGUACACAGGUUUUAGUGAAAAGCUUGUUUGCAGGAGCUGUGGAAAGCUCAGAGGAAUUGACACAGGUGUUGAACUAGAGCUGGUGGUGCCAGGUCACAGCCUUGCUUUUGAACAAGUGUGUGUGUGAACCACUGUAUGAAGGGCUUUUAUACACGAGCAAUAAACUAGCAAUAAACUCACAUGGUGUUACCCUGCAUCUGUCAUAGGUAAGUUAUGCCCUCUGGAAGAGCCAGGUGUCCCAUUAGUGGGUUGUACUGACAGCAGUAAAGCUGAGUUAAUGGUACCAGAUUACAUGGUACAGCUGUUUAGAGACUGGUUUUAUGGCUUCAUGUUAUCCAGUGUUGCCCAGCAGUUACAUCUGAGCUGAAGUUAAUGGGAAGGAGUUUUUGCAGGCCUGUUUAAAGAGCCACAACUUCAUCUUUUAUUUAUUAAAAUGGGCAGAUGAUCAUGAUCUCUCUAAUCUGGAUAGGCAAAGGACAAGAAGAGAUGGGCUUCAGCAACUGCUUUCUACAGCAAAAUACUUGUUAGGAUUAAAAAUAAAAGAAGAAAAUGCAAAAGUUCAGCUCAGAUGGAUGGAGGGGGAUAUCCAGAAGGUUUUGGAAACUGUUUUCAAUGCAGAUAUACACAACAGAGUUUCUACUGUUGCUUCUUUGUGGACCUACAGAAUGAAGAAGAGCCUGGCUCCAAUACGCAUUUCACAUUUCUGCAAACCAAAAGCUUUUGUAGGGAUAAGGGCUGAGCUGACAAACCUGUUAACCUUGCAGUUGGGGAUAUGCGGGUCUACUGGGUUAAUCCUGCCCUUUGUAGCAGCUGUGUGCUUCAUUUUAUGACAGCUUGGUUUUGAAUAGCUUUCCAUUUCAAAGAAUGGUUAGUUACCUUUUCUCUACUUCUUUUACAAAAACUAGAGUACUCCAGAUAAAUUCCUUAAAGUAACUUGGCUUGUAUCUUUGAUAACCGUAAUUGUAAUGAUGAGAAGGUCAUUGGUGCCGUAGAGUACGUAACUCUUACUGUAUCUUGGCUACCCUUGCCUGGGUAGGAUGUCUACUUAGGGCUGGAAAGGACCAGUGCUUUUUGUUACUGAGAUGAAACAGCUCAUUAGUACAAAAAGAUGUGUGUGGAACACUUUCCGAGAUAGGGGGGAUUCAAAGCAUUUUAAUAGUAAAACUGAGAUGAAAAGUUUGUAAUUCCUUACUCCAGAUGCUGGUUACUUCCAAUUCCCUCUGAAAAACAGUAUCGUUCAGGUUCUUAAGGAUAUUAGUAAUAACUAACACAUUCUUCACCAUGUGUCAUGGUUUAGCAAACCAAACCACUACACCAUGGUUUUGAGGAAGUCAUUUAACUUCUGUCUCAGAAAACAGCUAAUUUUUGCCUACCUCACAGGGAUGCUGAGCUGACAUAAUAGAGAGCUUUGAAAGUAAAAAGUGCUUUAUCUCUGUGUGCUUUCCAAAAAGCUUAUUAGUACUAGAAAACAUUUUAGAUACGAACUAACGUAAAGGGUGACUUAACCAAUGUAAUUAGGCCAAAAUAAUCUUCACAUAUAAUCAUUGAGUAGUAAGAGAGAUUCAUUUAUUGGUUUGCUUUGUGAUGAAGAUGCUGGGUCUCUUCCCCUACUCCACUUUUCCCUGUCUCAUGCUACUUUCCCCAAAUAUAAACUUUAGAAACUUCUUUCAGGUCUCUCUUGAUGAGCUGUAUUGCAGUGUGAUGAGUGUGCACUGGUAGAUGAACAGAUCUGUAGCCCAUAUGUUAAUGUGUCCUAAAGCACCUCCUGGCCUUUCUUCUUACCCAAUAAGCUGUCUGAAUGUUAGUCUGUUAAUUAUGUUUGAUUCUUUUAUAUUACUCAAGUUGUAUAUUUGCACAUGGAUUAAAACAUGGUCACGAAAAAAAGAGAGUCUUCAUCUGCCACGUUUAUAGUAUAAUUGCCUGAAAAAUCAUACUUUUUUUGUGUGUAAAAGUCCUUUUAUUAAUCACAUAGUCCUGUCCUUCCCUAUCACAAGGCAAACAGUUCUGUAGCAGUGAUCAUCUCCUACUAACGGCAGACUUAGAGUAGUUCUGGUAUAUUCAUCAAUGUGCAGAAUUUUCUCUGAUGCAGUUUUUUGUGCCAUGUACUGUUCAGCAUUUGUAAGGAGGUUUCAGCUGAACUUUAAUAUCUUUAAUAAAGAUUAACUUCUUCAUCCUCA